AUGGAUGAUGAGGUGCAGGAGACUCCAAAUGUCGGUGCUCUUCCCACGAAGGCCCCCAAGGUCAUGAAUUGGACUCCGCCUAUGUCUGCGUUGAUGUUGAAAGGCAUUUCAGAGGUGCCGGCAAGAGGUGCCAAGACUGACAAAGGGUUCAAUGAGGUAAGUGUCUUCAGAGAAGAAAUUCUCCAACUUGCUGGGAUUGCUUGUCAUGAAGAGGAGGGAAAAUCGCAGACAGAGCUACUGGAGAAGCUCAAAACAUGUAACAAGAUUAUGCUAGUUGAACUGUGCCGCUCAUUUGAUGUCCCUGGUUCAACAAGCACUAAGAAGGAUGAAUUAGUGACAAUAGUGAUGGAGUUCUUGAUGGAACACUGUUCUGGUAUUAUUUACACAGAUCCUGAUAAGGCUCAACUUAGCGGUCAGAAAUUUAAGAAAAGAAAGCGCAAGAAGAAUGAAGCAAAUCUAUCUGGUGGUGAACCUUCCAAGAAAAGGAAACCAGAUGGAACUCUACUGGAAAUUCGUAGUCAAGAGGAAGCAGAUGGGAGAAAAGCUGUAGAAGAUAGAACAAACCAUUCCGAGUUCUUCUCGAGGGAUAACAAGACAGGACAAUUUGCGAAGGAACAAGCUAAACCUGGGCCUUUUGAAGGGGUAAAUGACUCCGCGUUGGGGAAAUUAGCUGUACUUCCGCUCCCAGGAGUACCGUUUCCUACAGAUGAACAAACGCUAAUCACAACACCAUCUGCAAAGUUAGUUAGCAAUGUUGAGAAUGAUGACACGGAUAUGGUGGCUUCAACGAAGAAAAACAUUUCUCUUACCAAGAAAAAGGCAAUCCAAAACACAGAUUCCAAGGAGAAAUCUGGUGGUAAAAUUAUGUCUAGAGGAGAUGCGAAGCCAUGGAAGCAGGCACCGAAACCAAGCAAGGAUGAGCUGAGACAAGCUGUCUUCUGUAUAUUGGGUGCUGCAAAUUUUGCCACUAUGACUUUUGGAGAGGUUGUAAAAGCAGUUGACAAGUACUUUGGCAAGGAUUUGUUCAAGAGAAAGCCGCUGGUAAGGGCCUUGAUAGAGGAGGAGCUGUUUAGGCUAGCCAAGGAGGCUGAGAGGAAGGAAGUGGAAGAGGAGGAAGCAAUGGAAGCAAAAAUAAAAGCCGAACAAGCUGCCAAGGACAGCAGCGCAAGGGAUGGAAGAGUUGAAUCAGAGAUAGACAAGGAACAUGAAGUUGAAGCUGAUCCAGACGGUAAAUCUAAGGAUGCUGAAAAGAUUGGUAACAGCAAUAGUAGUGAAGAAGGUGGUAAAAGUGGGAUUUGUGUGAAGACUGGUGAGAAGGGAAACAGCGCCGCUGCCACCGCUGAGAAUUUACAAGAUGGAAAGGCAGAAGUUGACGACACGAGGAAGAAAGGAAACAGUGAUGGUUUUGGCAAGGAUUGCGAGGCUGAAAAGGUUGUGCAGAACGCAAAUGGCGAUGGUGGCAUAGAAAUAUUGGGAGAUGGUAAAGCUGAAACUGCGAAUAAUUGCAGCGGUAACACCAUAGGAGGUUCUGGAGAAAAAGAUGGCGGAUCUGAAGAAGGCAGGGCUGAGAAUGAUGCAGAAAAUGCUGGUGACUGUGAACCUGAAGAAUCUGAAACUAAUGAACCAGAAGCAGAAGCAGAAGCAGAAGAUGUCAAAUCUAAGGAAGCCAGUGGCAAUUAG